CCGGAAGUGCGUGGCCGCCCGGGGCCAUGGCGGCGCUCGGCGUCCUCUUCCUGGUGCUGCUCCCAGCGGCGUGCUGGCCGCCGGCCUCGGCCUGGGGCGAGGAGUUCUGGCCCGGCCAGUCGGCGGCCGACAUCCUGUCGGGGGCGGCGUCCCGCAGGCGGUACCUCCUGUAUGACGUCAACCCGCCAGAGGGCUUCAACCUGCGCAGGGAUGUCUACAUCCGCGUCGCCUCCCUCCUGAAGACGCUGCGCAAGGCCGAGGAGUGGGCGCUGGUGCUGCCGCCGUGGGGCCGCCUCUAUCACUGGCAGAGCCCUGACAUCCCCCAGGUCCGGAUUCCCUGGGCCGACUUCUUUGACCUUCCGAGUCUCAGCAGGAACGUCCCGGUCGUCGAGUACGAGCAGUUCAUUGCAGAAUCAGGCGGGCCCUUCAUCGACCAGGUUUAUGUCCUGCAGAGUUACGCGGAGGGGUGGAAAGAGGGGGCCUGGGAGGAGAAGGUCGACGAGCGGCCGUGCCUCGACCCGCUGCUGUACUCCCCAGACAAGCACGAGUACUACAGAGGAUGGUUUUGGGGUUAUGAAGAAACGAGAGCUUUAAACGUCUCCUGUUUGUCCGUUCAAGGAUCAGCUUCCAUCAUGGCACCUGUACUGCUGAGAAACACGUCGGCGAGGUCGGUGAUGUUGGACAGAGCCGAGAACCUCCUGCACGACCACUAUGGGGGGAGGGAGUACUGGAACACCCGGCGGAGCAUGGUGUUCGCCAAGCACCUGCGGGCCGUGGGGGACGAGUUCAGAAGCAGGUACCUGAACUCCACGGACGAGGCCGACAGGACCCCCUUCGAGGAGGACUGGACCAAGAUGAAGGUCACGCUGGGCUCCUCGCUGGGGGGCCCAUACCUCGCCGUUCACCUGAGGAGAAAGGAUUUCAUCUGGGGCCACAGAGAGGACGUGCCCAGUCUGGACGGGGCCGUGAAGAAGAUCCGCAGCCUCAUGAAGACCCACCAGCUGGACAAGGUGUUCGUGGCCACGGACGCCGUCAGGACGGAGCAUGCGGAGCUGAGGAGGCUGUUGCCUGAGAUGGUGAGGUUCGAGCCCACGUGGGAGGAGCUGGAGCUCUACAGGGACGGCGGCGUGGCCAUCAUCGACCAGUGGAUCUGCGCGCACGCCAGACCCCACCCAGGGCCUCCUGAAAGCUGGUCAGCGCGAGCUCUGUGUUCUUCAUCGGUACGUCGGUCUCUACGUUUUCUUUCCGGAUCCACGAGGAGAGAGAGAUCCUUGGGCUCGACCCCCGGACGACGUACAACCGCUUCUGCGGGGACCGGGAGGUGGCGUGUGAGCAGCCCACACACUGGAGGGUCGCCUACUGAGCUGGCUGGCCCCUUGUGGGCCCCGCGCCCUGGACACUCUACACACACGGGCUCGUGGUCUUCCUCUGGGCACACGUGUGGCCUCGGGGUCGCGCCUGCCCUGCUGGUGGGCAGGGCCGCCCCACCCUCACUCUUUAGUCACAGUCACAGCCCACGGCCACGUGAGCCACGGCAUGUGUCCGUUCUCAGUGUUUCCCCCACCGUCGGCUGCCUGGGACUCUGGCUAUGUGUCACGUGGGGUCAGCCUGGGCCUCCACUGCUGGCAAGGUCGGUGUGACGUGAGGUGCGGGGCUCAUUUCACUGGCUGGGCCUGGAGGGUGCCCGGCAGCGAGGGCCAUGCCCGUGGACCUGCUGCGGUUUCAGCCUGUUGGUACUGCUCCUUCUGCCCUUUGACCUGCGUGAGGCCCCCACCAAGUUGGCAGGAAGGCAGACUGCCGCCGCCUUGCAGACCUGGGGCUGAGGCUUGUGGGGGCCAGUGAAGUGCUCUCUCCCCUCCCCGGCUCAGAUGCCAGAAGGUUCCCCAGCAGGUUGUCAGGGUUUGCCGGGUUCGCACGGAGAGGAGCCCGUGUGGCCAGCUGAGGUGCUGUGGGCUGGCCGCCGGUGAGCGCCGUGGCGCUUCUGGGCCCCGAGGCAGGUGGGGGCGGGACCCCUUGGAGGGACUGAGCAGAGAAGGGGGCGGACAGCCUGGUUGCGCCUGCCUCGCGGUGGGCUGGGGGCCGAGGGGGCGAGGAGCACGGUCACUCCAGCCUCUGAAGGGUUUGGAGUGCGCUGCCAAUCUCGGGGCUCGUGUCACUGCCCGGAAACCCCUUCUGGGCCUCGGGCAUGGCCAUCACCCAUCCCCUCUAACCGGGAGCCCCAACUUCCCCCAGACACCCCAGGGGGAGCCGCCGAGGCCGCGGCCCAAAGCCCGGGGGCUGCUUCUGUGUCUUCUUCCCGAGCUCUGAAAACCCACCCCAAACACGCGCUAGGGUCCUGUGGCGUCGCUUACGGCUGUGCAGGGGAAACAAUGAAGUAUUUAUUCUUUGCCCAUUUGUACCUUCAAAUACUAUUAAUAAAAUACAUUUUCUAGAAAA